ACUACACAGUUUUUAAUCGUUAUCCACAAACACAAAAGUCAAAAUGCUUUAUCAUAAAUAUGUUUUGUUUUUGUUUUUUUCACUUUUGGAUAAUGUCUGUAGUUUUAGUAUCUGGCUUUUCAUGUUGCCUUUAAAAGUCUCUCUGUUUUUCUGUAUAUCUGAACAAAAAUCUUACUUAUGCAAACAAAGAUAAUUCUUUAUACUGUAGAGGUUUACUUUAAGACAACCAGACAUAUGUUUGGCUGUGGAGGAAUACAAAAAAUAACCAGACGGGCCAGACCUGGACCAUGGACCUUGAGUUUGAAGACAUGCAUCUGCUUUAAAAAAAAAAAAGAAAACAAAGAGCUUCUGAUAUUGUCACUGACGGUUGUGUACACCUUAAAAACUGAAUUGCAACUAAAAUGUGGAAACCUUUGCGAUGAUUAUUGGGUUUGGAUGACGGAUGUGUUGUUACUGCUGUAGAUUCAGUUUAUAGUCUAGUCUGGGCUGAGUCUAGUCUCUCUUCUCUGUUAGCUACGAUUACCACUGGGAGCUGAGGCUAAAGCUGAAAACAUUUAAGAAAAUGCUGAUCCAACAGCCAUUUAUUACUGUCAGCUGUGAUGAAACAAAAAGGAUAAAUAAGAAAUGUAAGAAAAAAACACACUUUUAAUUUGAAUUGGUAUUACAGCAGUUUACACAUGGUAAUUAUAACGCGUUUUUAAAACCCCCCUGCUGCAGAUUCAGAUUGAUGGAGCUUAACUUUGAAUUUAUGAUUCAGUUUUAGACGGCACGGCCCACAAGUUUGGGUUCACUCAUACCUCCCUCAGUCACAGCAGGAAACUGUUAGACGCUGUGGAGCAUUCAGCCUUUAAAGAGGCAAAUGUUUCCCUCUGUGAUUGAUUGAAUCCAAACGUUAGUCCAACACCAAUAAAGUUCAUGUGAGGCUUUCAGUCAGAACAAUCAGGACUUUAACAACUGAAUGAAACACGUCUGGCAAAACCUUCUUGAUUAGACUCUCGAGAAAAUAGUUAAAUCAUCAACAAUUAUCAGGUAAUAAUCAGCGUCUGUAUGUCCACCACUCACCACGUCUAACGUCUACUCAUUCAUCUUCUAGUACUGGUCACUUCAGGGUUGCAGGAGGAGCUGCAGCCAAGGCUGGAGGACACCACAGAGUCAUCACAGGACAACGUAUACAGUAUGGACAGACAACAUCUAACCCUACGGUCAGUGUCCAAGUAACAUAAUCCAUCAUGUAUUUGGAUUGCAGGACAAAGCUGGAGUACCUGGAGAAACAUGCAUGUAAACAGACAAAGAUACUAACCACGUUUAUAUUAAUGGCAAUGGCCUGAACAAAAAAUGUUUUUUCCUGUUAGCUUUUAAUAACCUUUAAUUUUUAAACUGUUAAAAACCUUAAAUCUUUAGUCUGUCUCACUGUUAUCACAAGAAUCUCGUAUUCAAAAAGACAUUAUUGUGAACACCAGACAUGUAUACACGUAUAUAUACGUGUGUAUGUAUAUAUGUAUGUAUAUAUAUAAAAAAUGUAUAUACAGUAUAUAUAUGUCUGUAUACACACACGCGCAUAAAUAUGUAUGUGUACGCGCGCCUGUUUGUGUAAGUUUAUACACCUGGUGUCAAUUAGCCCGGCUCAAGGUAGUACUGUAUACGUGAACUUUGUGUACAGCGUGGGGCUUAUACCACCGACAGGAUUUAACUCUUCACACCAGAGAACAACAACACAUGUAGAUAAAACCAUAAACAGGGUGGACAUUAGCUGGUCAUUUAAAUUGUAAUCCUUUUAAUGUGUGUAAUAUGUCUUGGUAGUUUUUGAAUUUGGGGCAGUGCAACUUUCAAAUCUGCCCCCGUGUGGUCUAAACACACUCCUCCUCCCUCCCCUCCCCCUUCUCUUACCCCCCUCUUUAUUCAGCAGCUCUGGUUGUUUCUGCAGUCGGACGCACACACACACACACACACAGACAGAGACGGGGAGAUGCCAUGGAGACAAAGGCAGUCCGCUCCUUAGACUGUGUGUAAGUAUGAAGCUGCGCUGUCAUGGAUGCAGUCGACUCUGCUGACCCAUACAGACGACCGGCGCGCAGGACGCAAUGGAUUGUCAGCACCCUGGCUUACCAUUACGGAUUGGACCGUGGAGUGGAGAACGAGGUCAUCGUUUUGGCCACCGGGCUGGAUCAAUAUCUGCAGGAGAUUUUCCAUCACAUGGACUACCAGGGUGACGACAGAAUACCAGUGGAGGACUUCAACAUUCUGUGCAAAGUUCUGGGCCUGAACAAAGACGCGGACGACGAGUGCGCAGGGGUUCUGGAGAACUUACCCAGCGAGCUCACCUUCAGGCACUUCCACGCUAAACUCUGUGGCUACUUCAGCACAAAGGCGGGCUGUCAGUACGAGGACGACCGGCUGUUGGUCGGGAAGGACAGCGAGCACAUCGAGACUCAGAUCCACCUCAGGAGCCCGCUGCAGCGGCGGGGCAGGCUGCUGUGUGUGCGCUCCUCUUCUUCAGCGGAGGGGCGACAUGCAUCCGGCUGCAGACUCGGCUCCUGCACCAAGGAAUGCUACGAGGAGAUCGUGGCUCUGGAGGAAGCCGAGGACCAAAUUACUAAACUGGAGGACGAAAAUGCAAGUUUGAGAGAGUUGAUCGAAGACAUGCGCGCCGCUCUCCAGAGCAGCGACGCUCGAUGCCUGGCUCUGCAGGUCGGUCUGUGGAAAAGCCACUCCAAACACGGGGCAGAAGAAGGCUGCUUUGUUGCCCACCAGAAACCAAGUGUCCAUCACACCAUGAGCACCAACACGAACAUAAAGAGUCUGCAAAACAUCAUCAACAAAAUUGAAUUGCUGCAGACCUCCAGAGACCGGCAGGUUGCAGAAGCUAUGCUGUGUAACCACAGACUGCAGCAGGAACUGUGGAGCUCCAAAGAGACGGUAGCUGCUCUGGAGGAGUGUAACAGUGCACUUAAGAGGGAGCAGGUGAGUAUGAGGAGGAAAGUGGAGGAGGCCAGACAAGCCCUGCUAAAUGGAUUGGGAAAAGUGAAGGAACUGGAGGCCAAGACCAACUGUGUUCCACUGCUGCAGAGGAAAAUCCUUCAGCUGGAAUCAGAGCUCCUUUAUUACAGGAUGGAGGCAUCAAAACUACAACUUUCAAGUAGAGCCAGGGUGGAACAGCCUCCGGGUGGCAGGAGGCGAACUGGACAAAGAUGCUGCCAGGAUUCCCAGCAUGGCCGCUGUUCUCCAACAGGGCGUGCUGUGACAACUCCAGACAGAAACACGUCUGAGAAUGAUGUGGUGGAGGAGCAGCUGUUCCGUUCUGUGGAGGGCCAGGCUGCCUCUGAUGAAGAAGAGGACAAAUGGACCAGAGAUCAGCAGAAGCAGGUGGACGAGGUGAAGAAGAUUCUGUCCAGGCUGUCCUGCUGCAGUGACAGGUGUGACGACAAGGCGUUCAAGAAGCUCCUGUCAAAUUUUGGGAGUUUGAGAAGUGAGGAGAGUUGCAGCGCUGUGGUGGAACUGCUGGAGAGGGUGACCCGACUCCAGAAACAGCUUCAGCUGAAGGAGAGCCAGGCCGAGGUGGACAUGGACCAGAUGAAGGACACGUUGGUGCAGGAGCUACAGCAGAAAGCCGACGAGACAGAGCUCCUUCAGAUGCAGCUGCAGAUGCUGGAAAACGAACGGGUUCGCCUGUCACUGGUAGAGGAAAAACUGGUUGACAUUUUACAGCUCCUCCAGGAGCUCAGAGACCUGAAUGUGUCACGAAAGUCUCUUGGGAAAAUCUUGCUCAGCACUUUGGAGUCUUGCAGUGACCCACAACACGGAAAAGCUCACAUUCUGGAGGUUCUUAAUGCUCUCUACCAUGAACUGGCCGCCUGUGAGGUUCUGUCUGUGGCUGAAGCUCCAGAGCAAACACAGAGCGAUCAGUCUGUGAACGCUCUGGUCAUCACCUGCUAAGCUGCGACUCAUUGUGAUGGCCAAAGAGGUUUCUCUUUAGAAUGUCAAAUGUUUGUAUUUAGCAGGCUGGUUGGUGUAUAUAAUGUGCAGUUAGUGUACUAUUAUGUUAGAUACAUACUCUUUAGUAAUAUUAUUAAGAAUAUAUAUCCAGAGAAUGCAUUAAAAAAAGCAUAAAGUCUUGAUAAAAAAAAUAAUUGCACAUAAAUCUUUCAGUGAUAUUUUUUCUCAUAACAGAACUCUGAAUGUGAACUGUUGAAAUAAGCUAACCCCUGUAGGAGUAUAAGCAGCAGGAGGAAAAGAUUAAUCACUUCAUUGAAAUAAUUAUUGAGCAUUUAGCUCCAGUAUGUGAGACUGAAGUAAAAAUACUUUAUUUUUGUUUCUUCUUGUAGUUUGUGGUGCUACCUAAACAAUAUAUAGCAGCUAAUAUGUUUUCAUGAUUAUAAAAAUAAACUAAAAUGGUCUUACCUUUAACAUUGGGGUCAUUUGUACAUAGGAGACAAAACUGUUCAAAAUAGGGUUCAGGGUUUAAAGUGCAUCCCUAUUAUAUACCUAAUCUGUGGGAUUAGGUAUAUAAUCCACAGGAUUAGGUAUCAUCCUUUCUGAAAUAAGAAACAUAAUUAUUCCAGUCAAAUCAGUUUCAUUCUUGUUACUUUUUUAAAAUCUUAGAUACUAAACCUGUGAUAGAUGUCAGUGGACUUUGCAGUCUUUUGAUAUUACAGUCAUGUCUGUAAAUCAGUCUUUGUCAUCAUGCCGCUGCCAGAUUGAAAAACAACAUCUAGAAUUAAGGAUUAGAUUUGAUACUGUUGACUAUGAAAAUAAACAAACACUUUUUUUUCUUGA